AUGUCCCGCCCCGGCGACUUUGAUAACAUGAUUGGCACCGAUUUCGCCCUUGCGCAAUCCCUCCUUUCACCCCCCGGGGCCCUUCGCCUUGACGAUGUGUUAUCUGAGUGCUAUCAGACGUUUGGCGCCGAUGAGCGGGAUAGCGAGUGCGGGCCUCCCUUUGCCGUCCUGAAGUUCGCAUGUCACAGCACCACCAAUCCUACUCAACAUGGUUUCAUCAGAAUGUAUAUUCAGAUACCAUACGACAGAACCCUUCGGAGUAGCCGAGAGAUCAGAGAACUCCAGGCUGAAGACAACCCUGUACACAAGGAGUACGAGGCCUUGACCACACUUAGCAAAAGCAAGUGUAGCAAGUGCAUGGCAACCCCGGAGCUUUUGGGUUAUGGGCAGGGAAGACAAGGACCAGAGGCAUAUGUUCCUAACGGCUAUAUUACCUAUGUCGCAUGGCAGCGUGUGCCCGGCUCUCCUCUCGAUUCUCGUUUCUUUUGGCUGGAGGAGAAUCGCCAAUAUCGCGAUGAGGUUCGUGCUGCUUUCGCCGUAGCCUACAAGGAACUCAACAAAUAUGGUUGGCAACCGGCCAUAAGGGGUCCAAGAAAACUAAUCUAUGAUAGUUUCAGCAAGACGAUGUAA